CGUAUACCCUAGCAGACGUGGAAAUUCAGGCAGCAAGGAACUCGAACGUAGAUUUUAUGAGUGCUCUACGAGACGCUACACAGAAUCCACUAGCGCAGCAUUACAUGCAUCAGAAGUACAUCGUGCAGCAAGCAGUGGCUGAAAAUGAAAGGGAGCGGAAAAAUGCUGAGAGCAUGAAGGACAGAAAGGCUAGUGCAAAGAAAAAACGACCAAAAGGAGGAGUUGAUAAAGUUCAGAGGGAGCUUAAGAAAAGAAACAGUAGGAGAGGAGCCGGGCAAGAUGAGACCCUCUUCGAGCAAGCUAACGCCGACAUCUUUGCAGAAUACAGUGCCGCUGUUCAAAGAUCGAAUAAGCAAGGUGGCAAUAUCAUCGCACACUUUGGACAUUCGGACAGCCCAUUCCCGAUACUGGAAGCACCAAUGGCGACGCUAGCGAUUGAUGCUGGGAUCUUGUUCCGUGACGUUCUACGAGAUCCGCGAUGUAUCAUUUAUGAACCUGAUGGAGGAGGUAAUGGUGGUGGUAAUGCGGCCGACGAAGCAGGAGUCGACAGGUCUGAUACAGUAAGCCGGUUUCGACGCAAGGUGAAGCGAUCACUCGGAUGGCGUAAAGGGAAAAACACUGGAGCUAACAGUAAAACCAGCAGAGCAGGUAGAAAGCCAGGAGUUGGCUGUCUUCAGCGACAUCUUAGUGCCACGAUGAUAACGUUCUUUAGUGGGACACGUGCGUCUUUUGAGUUAUCUCCUGCUGCAGUGUGGGAUGCUAUGAACUUCGCAAUCGAACUCGCGCACAGAUACGAGAAAACUGUUGUUGAGCGGGUAGUACAUCUUUUCUACUGUACUACUACGUCUAUGUAGUUUUGAUUAUAAUAUAAGGCCCCUUCAAGUCCAACUUCAAGUUACUUCAAGUUUCAUUGUCAUCUUCCAACCCCAACGCCUUCCACGUCAAAACGUCUCUCAAACAGAUAACCACUUCCGUGCAGCUCUCGAACGAUGCUUUGGAAGCUUUGACGGAUUCUUACCUAUUUCCUUUGAUGCACGAGAUGAAACGGCACACAACUGAUGCUGGAGCACCAAGGGGAAUCUACGUCAUCGCACAACAAGACUUGUGCGCCGCUGAACCAGAGAAGACGCCAUUGAGUGUGGUGAGAAACAACGGAGUUGCCGGAUCACCUAGACCUAGUGCAGCGUCCUCUUCAGAUGGAUCAUCUUUUUCCAUGUUGAGUAAGAUGUUUUCGUCAGCAGCAUCAAUCUUUUGGUCUGGAGGUGGGUCACGACCUGGCAGCGAAAUGACGGCGAGAAGAGGUGGGGGAGGCGAUGAUGCAACAGAGGUAGGUCAACAACAAGAUGCAACAGGAGAGGCAGAUCGUGGACAACAUGCACCUCCACUUGACGAACCCAUCCCCCCAAAGGGUCCUCCCCACUACCGUUGCUUGAAAAUGGGGAACGGCGGCCUUCUUCUCACUAGUAUGCACUACUCAGAGUGGGAGAAGAAGAGGAGGCCUAAGGUUUACACAUUGUGGAAUCCAGAGGAGGACCGCCUACUGCGGGAAGCAGCUGCAAUUCCAGGUGAUGAGAGAGGUUUCGUGUCGCUGCUGAGGCUGCAUGUCGCUGUAGAUAAAUACGAUCGCCUCAGGGGAUAUUCGAUGCCCAAAGAUGAUACUAGCAACUACCAAUAUGCUGCAUAUCCAUCGACCUCCUCCUCGUCUUAUUCUUAAGGCUUCCCCAAGUUCAUCUUAGCAUCUAGAUCUACUUUGCCACGUUUUCAAGGGGAAAACGAAAAAAGCCCAAAAAUGCGCUUCAAGAUGAAUAAGAAAGGGAAGGUCUAAUAUUCUCAACAAGAACAGCAUGGUGCAGCUCAGCUGCCUCAACAAAUGAGCCAGAAAACGAAGAAGAUUGAUGUUUACGUCCGAACUGCAGACAUUGCGCCAGCUUUAGUGACGACAGCACUUUCGUCGAAAUCCUCCUUGGCCCAGAUGGAGAAUGAGAUAGGCAAAUACAUCGACAGGAUAUUUUCCCAAGUUAUGGUGGGUACGCUAUGUGGUGUAUAUUCACGAUACUAAAGAUUCCACCGUAGAGUACUCUGCUCGUCUUCGUCUUUCCCUCCUUUCCCUUCUAACAUCCGUAUCGACGAACGUUCAACAGUCGUGGACGAAGGCUACAUAUUUGAUUCGCGGUUUCAGAUCACUGCCAAUUCAGGCGCGCCAGCAGUUUCGACGUCGCUACGGUCGCUCCAUAGUGGCGCAACCAUCCUUGGAGAAGUGCGUGCGAAAGCCAUGGCUCUUUUGUAUCAUCAAUCCUUGCAGAGUUCGUCGGGUUCUUCUGGAGGUAGUGCUAGUAGGAGCGGUUCUUCUUCGGCAGGUUCGUCCUCUCUGUCUGCAGCUGCUUCAUCCAAAAAUAGCGACAAGAAGGGCACGAGACAAAAACAAGGUGACUCAUCUGCGUCCGCCCUCGGACGUGCCAUUGCUAAAGUCUGGAGAACAAGGCAGAACACGCUGAAGUGUUUUCGAAAGCAACAAGAACAACAACGACAAGAAACUUUUCGACAAGAAGAUGAUCCUAUCGGGAUGUCAAAGUCAAAGACAAGUACAUCUUUGACUUGUCAGAACAUGUGCUCGUCAACACAGUUAGUGGAGUUAUCCGAUCUCCAGAUGCUUAUGAAGCAUACCCAUUUUAUGCUUCUUCGGUCGUUGACUGUGAAACGCAUUGAGGAGGAAGCACUCAAAAGGUUUGAGGAACCAGAGGGCGGGAAGAGCAGCACCGGCAGAAAGUCUGGGAGGAACAAAUAUAGUGCAUCUUCCAAGACCAAGACGUCGUCGAAGAGUGCUAAAACAUCUUCUAGUUUGAUUGGUGGAGCACUAAGAAGGAGAAGAUCAUGGGGAGCGCGAAAAAAGGUGAAUAGAAUCCUAGAGGUGGCGACGGCGAGCGCGAAACGAAAAAGUAGCUCUUCACAAAACGCUGAUCCUGAUUCUACUCGACUACAAGAGAAGCGACCCCCUCUGUUACGUCCGCCUACUCCUGCCGAAAUCGACGCAUACUUGUCGCGAGCAGGCCUGCGGGCGACAGUGGAAUUCUUUCUAGGUGGUACGACGCAAAAUAGCGAGAGGAGUUCUUUGGUUACAGCAUGCAGUCAAUACCCAAGGUGGAUGGAACAACCAUGGCCGGUUACCUAAAAAUCAAUAAAGAAGUGAGUGUCGAUGGGAUGUGGAUGUUAUCAUAUAAACUUAGCGAGUAAGAGUAUGUAUCAGGGAAUUUGAAAAUUUGAAUUUAGAAAUUUAGGAAAUUGACUUUGCAUCAUUGUCCGAUAUAUUUUGGGCAAACAUCAAGAAAUAAACGUUUACUGUCUAGUGCGGAUCUUCGAAUAAUUCUUGUUAUGGCUAUUGCAUUAGAUCUAGCAUCCGAGUGAAAAGCACAACCAAAACACUUUUAAAUUGGGUGCAGUCUCUUCUUCUUGUGAAUGUGUUACAAAAUACACUUGAGCUUCAAGCUUUUAGUCAAAACAUUUUUGCAUCAUCACUCGGAGCCAGAGCAUGCUCGAGCUGUUAUACGUAUUAUUACCCCUCUUUCUGAUAGCAUGCAAUUCCUCCAAUUUUUCAGAUGAAUAAGGUAAGUACAACUUCCCACGCAAAGGGCAUAUAACUGAGAUGAAGCUACAGAUCCCACGUGGAUGUCUGCAGCUUGUAGUCGUGAUUUAAUGAUGGUACCAAUAAAAUUCGUCUCUGAAAACUAAAGACAAGAAACUUAACUACAAAUGCGAUGUUGGUUAUCAUGUGACGAACCAUUGAGCAUCAGCGUCUCCAUCUAUUCUUCUGACAAUCAAUGUAGUGAUCACAACUGCAAAAUCAUUGACAAUUAGGAGCGCUUAUCGUUGUGUAGUCAGUGAAACUGCCUAGGUUCCUCAUGACUGCGUUGAACGAGAAUCGUCAACGAACCACGUGUUGAGAAUGCGAAAAGAACGAUAUUGGUAAGUUGUGUGGUUCACACAUGAAACGAGAGCUGCAUUCUUGUAGUUGUGAAAGAGACAGAAAAAGAGUCCCA